GCCAGCGUGAGCAUGCUCUGAGCACCACCAAAUCCGACAUCGCGCGGGACCAUGCCGGGGCCAUCUAACGCGAAAAAGAAGCGCAAGGCGCAGGCGAAGAAGAAGAAGGAGAAGGAGAAGGAGAAGCGCGCGAAAGCGGUGGAGGUUCCGAGUGUUGUGGUGGAGGAGACAGCGUCGCGGGCAGAGGAAGAGGAGGCGGAAGGGGCGAGUGUACGGCGGGAGGCGCUGCAGGAGGUGAAGAUGGACUACGAGAGGUAUCGGCCGCUGCGCUCUCAGCCCCUGCGCUACGCCUCCCGACCGACGAAAGCCAGCGCACACCCGAGCCUGCAAAUCGGCGGGCGCGCCCCGCGGCACGGCCCCCGCGACGACACAUACCCAGUCGAACCGACCCCGCGCAGCGCCUUCUCGUCCUUCAGCUCGUCCUCGCGCGCCCCAAGUCCAGAACCCGAGUUCCACGCGGACGCACGGGGCCCGCUCCCUGCGGCGCCGUGCGUCGAGGACCGUGGCAACGGCCCGCACGUACACGACAUCCACGCGUUCCUGUCGUCCAAGCUCUGCUCGCCGCCCUCUCUCUCAGACGCGCUCUGCGCCGAGUUUGCGCGCGAGGAGGUCCUCCAGAUGCUGUGCGGUGUCCUGCCCGCCGAGACGGCGCUCAUCGUAUGGCACAACAAGAGCAGACGCACCGCACGCAUAUGCCCGGCGUGCCGACGGCUCUACCGCAUCGGGGAGCUCACCCGCGAGCCGCUGCUCGACGACAGCUCGCCGCCCGCCUCGUGCUCUCCCUCCUCCUCUCCCGCAGACGGCACCACAGCCGAGUCGGAACAGUCUCGGCGGCGGCGGCGCGAGCAGGAGAUCAGCGGCAUCUGCUCCGCGCUCUGUUUCAUGCUCGUCGCGUACCGCUUCCCCGCCGCGAUACGCAGCACGUGGGGCCGCAUGGCUGAAGAACUGAGCGACGAGACGUGGGACGAGCUCGACGGCCCGCUUCCCGGGGGCGCCGCUGACAGCCUUGGCUUCAGCAUGAUGCUCAAGAUGACGCGGUGCCACGAUCUCGGGCUUAGCCAGCUGUUUGGCGUCGAGGAAGAUGGUGAAGGGAGUGAGGACAUUGGCGAAGAGGACGCUGAUGAGUGUCACAGGGCAUGAGAUGAUGGACUCAGUAAGGUCUGUAAUGUAGCUUUGGAUGGAUAUGCUUUGGAUGAUACCCUCUCAAUCAAUGGCGAAAAUUUUCAAUGCAGCAUCGGAAUACAUUAUGCUAGCCAGCUCCAUACAAAUACAGGAAAUUCAUUACUGGUGGGUAUCAUAUACUGUCUUCACCGUCUCACCACCUGCGACCAGUGCCGACGCCGGCCCCAGAAGCAGCAUUGCUGGUACCAAGACCGCCAGCAUUCUGCGCACCCACAGGCAUGCCCGUCUACCAAUCGCAUACGACCUCAGUAAAUAUUCGCAUGCAAAAUGGACAUUUCAUGAAACUCACCUUCUUCUCUUGGCCUCGCAUAACCAUUGCGGGGUUCCCGAUGAGUUGCCCUGUCAGCUUCUCUGCCUCACCAACGAGUUUCUGACCAGUGGAAGGACGGACGCCUCCUGCGCCUGCUCCCGCACCAGUACCAGCACCCAUGCCACCACCCAUGCCACCACCGCCCAUGCCGCCACCGGUCAUGCCGCCACCGGUCAUGCCGCCACCGGUCAUGCCGCCACCGCCCAUGCCGCCACCGCCCAUGCCGCCACCGGUCAUGCCGCCACCACCCAUGCCGCCACCACCCAUGCCGCCACCACCCAUACCGCCACCGCCGAGGCCGCCGCCCCUGCCGCCACCACCGAGGCCACCGCCCGUACCCAAGCCAGCAGUGCCGGUCGUUGCGCCGGUGGUGCCGGUGCCGUAGCCUGCGUUCGUGCCAGCGCCGCCCGCGCCCCCAGUUGCGCCUGCGAUGACGUCUUUAACUGCGCCCAUAGGCCCGCGGUGACCUGCACCUGUGGCGCCCGCACCAGUGCCGGUGCCCAUGCCA